AUGGAAGACAACGCAUCAAGCUGUGCAGCAAGUUCUGGGCCUUCAAAUGCAAGGUGAGAAUUCCCAGUGAUAAAAUAGUCAUAUUAAAGUUUUCUUGAUCAUCUGAAUGUCGGCGUUUACCUUUUUCUUCAUUUACGAAAUGUUUUUUUCGUUUAUUAGUCAUUAGCCUCCUAAAAAACGUGUUCACCAGCUAACAUUUCUUUGACAAAAUAAAUCCCUUUUGGAAACUUGUUUACGUCUUGUGCACAACUUGUUAAUGGUAUUAUUUUUUCUCUUUUCAAGAAAUAUGGAGUGGACCGAAGAACAUGAUAUCCAACUUGCAAGAGAAGUACUUCUCAGUGAACCCUUUCGCUUUAAGCCCAGAACAGUGGAGCAUGGAAAGUGUGGCAAGAAAUUGCAAAUAGGCUAA